GGCAGGCCACGUUGCCAUCAACAUUAGGGAUGUUUCCUUAAUUUUUUAAGGGAUUCAUCACAAUCAGUUAAGAUAAUCCUUUGAAUUCAUUUGGAUUUAGUGUCCUUUGCAUCUCUCAAUAACACAUGCAGCAUUUAAAAGGCAGAGUCUGAGACCCUCUGAGAUGAGGGUCUAAGCACUCCUACUCAUCCAAGAACAAAAUAUAGCAUUGUAUUAUUGUGCAUUAGAUUUCAUAUACAUUUAAAUAGAUGCAUUUCAGCUUUCUAUACCUUGGUAUUUGUAUCGAUAGUCUCCAUAUCUUUCUGUUACAUUAACAAGAAAAUAAUAAAAGCCCCAGCAGCUGGAAGAAAACACUCUUUUAAAUUCUCUCAUCAUUGGUCUGAAAAUAAUUGUUUUACAAAUCAAAAUUAGCAUGCAUCAAAGUUUCAAUUUUAUGUCUGCUCCUGUUGUUUAAGCACCAUUUCACAAUAGGUUUAAGAAAUAAACACAGAAGUUGCCCAGAGAAGCUGUGGUCCCCCAUCCCUGAAGGCAUUCAAAGGCCAGAUUGGGCAGCCUGAGCUGGCGGGUGGCAGCCCUGCUUAUGGCAAGUAGAUGAUUUUUAGGUCCCUUCUACCCCAAGCCAUUCUGUGAUUCUAUGAUUCUACAAUUCUAUGAUAAGACGCAGGUUCAAGAGAGCGCUAAGCCCAAUUCCACAGUGACAGCUGCCUUGGAUAGCAAGAUGAUGGAGGUGUUGCCAUUCCCCUGCACCCACACAAAACACUUUGUGUAAGAUGACCAAUACAAAGAGCCCUGGGCUCAAGUGGGCUGUUCCUUCUCCUUCCUGGCACAGAGCAGCCCUGGCAAGGGAAGUUUGGAGCUCUCAACCAAACCUCUAGCAAACUGUCUGCUGAGGCCCAGCUCUGGGGAGACCAAGCUGAGCUGAAGGAGUAGAAUUAGCUUGUAUGGGUCCGAGGAAACAUCUUUGCCCUCUUGGCUCUCUGACAAGCAUCACCAGUGAAGCCUGAAAUUCAAGACAGCCUUGCAUGAGAGCCGGUGGUCACUUUUGUAAAUAACUGACUUUUGCAGGCCUGUUUGAGCUUUCGGUAACUCAACAGUCAUCAGAUAGCACGUGGACAUGGACAAAGAAAGCUGAAGAGGCUAUUAAAAAACAGAAAUGUUUUGCUAUAAACACUGUGGCUUUUUUUGCUGUGGCUUUUGCAAUGUGCAUACUUACAGAUGAAAAAAAGGAUGUUUUAGACAAGUUAUUGCAGUGCAAAAAAUGACACCUCACACUGUAGGUUUGUUCUCUGCAUUAACUGAGGCAUACCUUCCAAUUAAUAGCUCAGGAAAGAUAGCCUCCUAUACAGCACUCUGCUUAUUUACAAAGACGUAUGAAGCAUUAUUAAUAGUUUACACCUUGUUUUUCCUUAACCGGCAGGAGGCAGGUCUGGCUAGUGAAGUAUAAUUGGUGAUCUAUUUCAUAUACAAAUAAAAUACUCAUUGGAAUGCUUUGCUGCAAGGUUCAGUUCUUGUUUGCUAGUCGCUAAAUGUAUUGUUUGAAAUGCUACCACAGCUAUUCAUUCUUUUUCUUAGCAGAAUACCAUGACAACCAUCACGUGACUGGCUACAAACAUACCACAAGUCUCCAGGGCUUUGCUUUAGGAAGGCUUAGGCUGAUAUUACUCAUGCUUUUUUUUUUUUUUUUCUUCCCCAAAGCCCAGACUCAGAGAUGCUUUACUUUGUGCAAGACGCAUCGAGCCUACCAGCCAGUUUUACCUCGUGGCAGUAAAUAUCUUCAGCUAAAAUGGGACAAAGCAAAGUACAAAGAGCGCAGGAAAAGGGGAGGUACAAUUAUCCAGGCAGUAAAACCCUUAGUGGACACAAGCGCCCGUGCAGCAUACAGCCACCUUCAUCUGAAGCUGGGGAAGCUGAAAUUGAAGAAAGAUCAACUGUCAGUCAUCAGAAGAGACAACCGCUCACUGCUGGAGGUGCCCUGCAUCACGAGGACAAAAGGACAAAUGGACAACAAAAAUGACUAUGAGGCAAAACGUUUAAACAGAGACAAAUCAAAGCAGGAGCUGCAAAGAGUGAACCUAGAGAACUGUGCCAUACUGGAUAGAGUUACAAACUCUAAGCCGCAGUAUCGAGUUCAGAGAUGGCAUGAGGAUUGGCAACGGGCUGAAAAUUACAUGGCCAACGUUGUAAGAUAUCUUUGUGGGCGGUGUAAAUCACAGAGCCAAAAGGUAAUCCUGAGCUUCUGUUUUUCCUUCCCGUUUAUUUCUGGAUGGGAAGUGCACACAGAGCAUUUUGCUGUGCUUUUGGCUUUAUAUAGUCUCUUUCAAAAUGUCCAGCAGAUGAAAAUAUAAUGGAAUGGGUUCACAGCUGGCUGAAAGGUUGGGCUCAGAGGGCCUCACCGCUGGCCAACUUAUUGCAGAAAAUGGGGUCACAUUAGGUUAGUGGCCACUCACUAAUGGGAUUUCGCAGGGCUCUAUUUUAGGGCCAGUUCUCUUUAAUGGUCUCAUCUAUGACUUGGGGACAGGUGUACUGAUUCUGUAGAUGACAUUAAGAUGGGAGGAGCCCUAGACUCCCUUGAGGGUAGAGAGGCCUUGCAGAAAGAGCUUGACAAAUUAGAAGGCUUGAAAAUCACCAACCAUAUGAAAUUUAACAAGAGCAAGUGUGACCUUCCAUACCUGGGAUGGGGCAACCCUGGAUCUAUGUACAGACUGGGGGAUGAGAGGCUGGAGACCAGCUUCAAGGAAAGGAAGCUGGAGGUUCUGGAAGACAGCAAGUUGAAUGUGAGCCAGCAGUGUGCUACAGCUCCUCACA